UAAUUAUGACUGAACAGCUUGUAUCCAUGAUUAUGAUUAAUCAAAAAUAAAAAAAAACUAUUUUUUUCUGGUCACACAGCUUCCGGUUUCUGUUCUGUCUUCAAUACUUGCUCGUUGUCUAAUAGUCGAACAUUUUAAUAGUGAAAAAUAUGGCUAAUAUAGCAGCGCAACGUAUUAGAAGAGAAAUCAAGGAGGUAAUGAAAAAUGAAGAGAUUACGGGAGCGUCAAUCAAAUUGGAAUUAAUAGAAAACCGUUGGACAGAGCUGAAGGGCGAGAUCGGAGGACCACCAGAUACACCAUAUCAAGGCGGCACAUUUACCCUUGAAAUAAAAGUACCAGAAACGUAUCCAUUCAAUCCACCUAAGAUUCGUUUCUUAACGAAGAUAUGGCACCCCAAUGUAUCAUCAGUGACGGGCGCAAUCUGCUUAGACAUACUCAAAGAUCAAUGGGCAGCUGCUCUUACGUUGCGGACAGUACUACUCUCUAUCCAAGCGUUGCUUGCAUCUGCAGAGCCCAAUGACCCACAGGAUGCCGUUGUUGCCAGACAGUAUAGAGAGACUCCACAUAUGUUUCAAAUGACUGCGAUGCAUUGGACGAAUAUUUACGCUGGAGGGCCCACACCCGUGUAUGAAUUCAAUCAAAAAGUUAGAGUACUUGCCGAAAUAGGAGUGACCGAGCAAGUAGCACGAGCUGCUCUAUCCACAUACAACUGGGACAUCGAGAGGGCUACUGAGGAGAUAUUUAAAUAACAUGGGGGGGGACCGGUGUCUGUCGCUGUUGGAAGAUAUUAUCUUCGACGAUAUAGAACAGUGAUAUGGGAUUUUAUCGCCGAGUAUUAUUUAUUACUAUUAUUAUUUUCAACAGUCCUCAUUCUUCUUUGCUUGUCAGAUUCAAAAUAAACAAUUUGUCAAAUGUUUAUUGUUGUCCUAAUCGGACUUCUGAAUUUUGGUUUAGUUUUUUCAAAGUUUCCUUUAUAAUUUUUAUGUUCGAUGAUAGUCGAAAGCUGCAUUAUAUUAUAAGAACUAUGCAAUAAAGCAGUGAAAUAUCAUCGAGUUUUGGCAAUAUUCGGUGUUUA